CUGGGGUGAUGGCCACUGCACUGGUCCAUGUGAGCGACGAUGGGGCUGGACCAAGGUGGUGGCCACGUACAUGGUAAGAAGCAGCCAAAUUCUGGAUAUACUUUGAAGGUUAAGCCCACAGGAUUUAGUGACAGACUGUGUGUAAGAGAGAAAGGGAGGAAUCAAGGAUGACAUCGAGGGUUUUGAUCAAACAACUUUGAGGAUGGAGAUGCUCCCAACAAAGACUCUCAUUGGAUCCUAUGACAACGCUAUUUGGUAGAGUUACUCAUUACUUCCAAUUUCCAGCUGGGGAAACUGAAGCUCAGAGAAGUAAAGCAGGUACCCCAAGGUCACACAGCAAGAAGUGUCUGAGAUGGGAUUCAAACUCAGGUCCAUCUGACUCCAAACCUAUGCCUGUCUUACUUCGGGGACUAACUGUGUCUCUCUCCCCCAGAGCUCCAGAGCCUUCCCAUUCUCCCCCACUUCCAUCUCCUCUUGCCAUGACAACGAAACAUAGUGUGUUAGUUUCCUAUGGCUGCUGUAACAAAGGACCACAAACUUGGUGGCUUAAAAUAUUAUCGUGGAGGUCAGAAGCCUGACACAGAUCUCACUGGGCUAAAAUCUAGCUGUCAGCAGGGCUGGCUCCUUCUGGAAGCUCCAGGGGAGAAUCUGAUAACUGGCCUUUUCCAGCUUCUAAAGGCCACCUGCAUUCCAUGGCUCGUGGCCCCCUCCUCCAUCCUCAAAGCCAGCAGUGGCCAGUAGAAUCUUUUUCACAACCAGUCCCUCUAACACGGAUGGUUCUGCCUCCCUCUUCCCCGUUGAAGGACUCAUGAGAUUACAUUGAGACCCUGUGGUUAAUCCAGAACAAUGUUUCCAUCUCCCCAUCAGCUGGUUAGGAACCUGAAUUCUAUCUGCAAAUUUAAUCCACCCCCUACCCCUUGCCGUGUAACGUAACACGUUCACAUGUUUAGAGGGAUUGGGAUGUGGACCUUUGGUGGGCGGGGAGACACUCACUCUGUCUCAUAUGCAGUGAGCUCACAAGGGCCUCUGUGACCUCACCAUCCCCUGGGACCCAAAUUUACAAGAUGCCCCUCCCACAUGGUUGCUGGAUGGGCAAACUACUCACCAAGGAUUUGAGCCUAAGUGUCCUGACCCUCCAGCUGCCAUGGGAGCCCAACCUGAGGAAGGUCAGAAGCCUUGCUCGAGGGUCCAGACCCUGUUUAAGAGGGUCAAGUCCUUACUCACCAACCCACCCCCCUCCUUGAACCUGGGCUGUACCCAUGUAUAUGGGUACAUGUUUGGGCAUGUGCCUGAAAGCAAACUGGAGCAUCUCCCAACACAGCAGCUGAGUUCGGGCACCAUGGGCCUCCCAGCACCUCCAGCCAGGACUGCAGGGGGAGAAGGCCACGCCGCCCACCCCCCCUGCACGGCCCGCUCCUCUCCCAGCAGACCUGGAUGGAAUGCCACCUUGAAGCAGUGGGGACCGGAUAAUGAGGGAGCCUUGUGGAAGUUUCUCCUCUCGGGAGCCAUGGCUGGGGCGCUGUCUCACACAGGCACGGCCCCUCUGGACUGUGCCAAGGUCUACUCCUCCAAGACAAAUUUCAUGAAUCUGCUGGGAGGUAUACGGAGCAUGGUCCAGGAGUGGGAUGUCUGCUUGCUAUGGAGGGGCAAUGGUAUCAACGUACUCAAGAUCGCCCCGGAGUACGCCAUCAAGUUCUCUGUCUUUGAACAGUGUAAGAAUUACUUCUGCGGAGUGCAUGAGUCCCCACCCUUUCAGGAACGACUCCUUGCCAGCUCCCUGGCUGUGGCCACUUCCCAGACGCUCAUCAACCCCAUGGAGGUGCUGAAGACACGGCUGACUCUGUGCCGGACUGGCCAGUACAAGGGGCUGCUGGACUGCGCCAGGCAUGUCGUGGAGGAGGGCACCCGCGUCCUUUACCGCGGCUACCUGCCCAACAUGCUUGGCGUCAUUCCCUACGCCUGCACCGACCUGGCUGUCUACGAGAUGCUCAGGUGUCUCUGGCUGAAGUCAGGCAGGGACAUGGAGGACCCCAGUGGCCUGGUCAGUCUGUCGUCCGUGACAGUGUCCACAACCUGUGGCCAGAGGGCCAGUUACCCACUGACUUCGGUGCGCACCAGGAUGCAAGCCCAAGACACCGUGGAGGGUUCAAACCUCACCAUGCGUGGAGUCUUCCGGCAGAUCCUGGCCCAGCAGCACUGCCCGGGGCUGUACCGAGGCAUGACCUCCACGUUACUGAAGGUGUUGCCAGCAGGUGGCAUCAGCUACAUGGUGUACGAAGCCAUGAAGAAGACCCUGGGCGUAUAAGCGGUGAACUAGGCAUACCCUGGGCAGAAAUGGACAGGAGGAUCCAGUGUCCCCUGGCCCCAAAGAACCCUCCAGGCUUGGGACCCAGGGUGGUUUUUGUCAGAAGCAGGCUGGGGGCCUGGGUCAGAAGAUUCCUGGAGUGACUUCCCUGGUGGCUCAGAGUUUAAGAAUCCACCUGCCAGUGCAGGGGACAUGGGUUCAAUCCCUGGUCCAGGAAGAUCCCACAUGCCACGGAGCAACUAAGCCCAUGUGCCACAACUACUGAGCCUGUGCUCUAGAACCCGCGAGCCACAACUACUGAGCCCGUGUGCCACAACUACUGAAGCCCACGUGCCUAGAGCCCAUGCUCUGCAACAAGAGAACCCACCGCAAUGAGAAGCCCGUGCACCGCAACGAAGAGCAGGCCCCGCUCGCCGCAACUAGAGAAAGCCUUUGUGCAGCAACGAAGACCCAACGCAGCCAAUAAAUUAAAUAAGUAACUUUAAAAAAAAAAAAAAGAAGAAGAUUCCUGGAGCCUCCUCCCCAGGGUGCAGCCUGGGACUACUUUGGACUCCAGUCUGACUCGCUGUGACUUGUCCUUGUUCCAGGGCAAAAGGGUGAAUGUGGAGACAACCAGGAAUAAAGCGAUGGUUUCUGCUGGACGUGUCUGGGAUACCUGGGUCCAGGAGGGCAACUGGGGAUCUGUUAUACCUGGGUCCAAGAGAGGAGCUGGUUAUCUGGAAUCUCUGGGUCUAGGACAGAAUUAGGACUCCCUGGGUCCAGCA